AUGGUCUUAUUCAAGAGAAAACCCGUGCGCUACCUACCCCAUCCCCACAUCGACGACCAGGAAUCCGAUGUUUGGGUCAUCGCCGAGUCCAAUGAAGUAUUCACCUCGUACGAUGCAUAUCUCGAGCGCAUGGACUUUUUCAAGUCCAAGAGAUUCACCUGCGAAGUAUCAGGACGCUCCGGUCUGACAUUCUUCGACGCGCUGCGGAGCGAACAGGCUGGGUCACGCGAGAUUGAUGAGGCGUUUCCGCAAGCACUGCGAGAACCUGUCCUACGCAGAGUCCAAUUCUCCACCACGUCUCGUAUCGAUAAUUUGGUCGAGGAGGUUUACAACGACUUCAAGAAUGACUUCUAUCCGGGCGAACUGGUAACCGUUAUACUGGACGACGCAUCCCGAUUAAAUGGGCGAGUGCGGGACAAGGCCAAGUUUGCAGAGGUGAGGGCAGCAGACGGUUCCGUGGCAAGAGAGGCUUUCUCCAGAUAUUUUGUGCGGCUCAUUGAUCGCCCAGACGAGGAGGCCCUGGUCGACGAUAAUCAUAUCGUUAGAGACCGCAAGGUCUUCACGAAACACAUGCUCCGUUCUUUCAUCAAGAAUACUGUGACCAGAGAAGGUUGGAAUGGUGCUCCGUGGAUCGUGAAACCGGAAAUUGCUGAGCGAUUUCGCAUUGACACCAACGUUCCACCUCAUCUUCAAUACGGCCAUAAAAUUGCCGCGAAGAAAGCGGAGAAGAAGCAGAACGCUGAGCAAGGAGAGGGUAUGUUCGGAAUCUGGCAAACUCAUAAGCUACCCGAGCUGAAGCCUGCUCCUAAAGGACGCAAGAACCAACACACGUCUCAACACCAGCUACAGCGGAUCGAAGUGCAGAUCCCUCCUCCCUACCACGAGAACUAUCCGCCCCAACCGAUACCUGACCCAGGAUUGUUGCCACGGUCUUGGGACCAUAUGCAUCCGCCCCCUCCACCUCCACCUUUCGAUCCAUAUUACCACGGAUAUCCUCAAUAUAUGCCACCGAACGGUCACUACUACCCUCCGCCGCCGCCUGAGGAGCAGUUGCCUCCCAAGCAAAUCAUUCAGCCGCCUCCGCCUCCUCCGCCUAUCAAAUACCCCAUAGAUGAUUUGGAUGUUGAACCUGUCCGCGACGGGACGCAUAGGCCGACGCUGAAGUUUAUCAGCAAAGAGCAAUGUGUCGAUCGGAAGUCUACGUCUCACGUCAUCCCCGGUCUCAAGUCUGAAAAUGUCGGCCUCUUACUGGAGACGUGGAAUACAUUGAAUGUGUAUUGCCAAGUUCUCAAAUUGGACUCGUUCACCUUCGACGACUUCGUGGAAGCGAUGAUGUUCACCUCGCAUGAGGUUGACUGCGAAUUGUUUGUCGAAAUACAUUGCGCAGUUCUGAAACAACUUGUGAAUUCCGAGAAUGAUGAUGAUGGAGCCAUUCAAAUAUCACUACCAGAUCUUCCCGACCCAGAUGAGGAUGAAGAGGAGGAAGAGGAAGAGGAAAGCAAGCCACCAACACCAACGCCAGAACCGGAAUAUCCUGCGAAACGAACACGAAGUAGUCUCCACAAAGUUCAAUUCGCAGAGCCAGAACCAGAGCCAGAAGAACCCGAACCUGUGGUACCUCAUCGCGCCGCCGAGAUGUUUGGAGAAUAUGGCUGGAUCGACAGGCUUCGGAAGCGUGACCUCAGACAUGGUGGCUGGGAAUUGGUCAUGGUUGGGUUGCUGCAUCAGCUUUCCGGCAGGCCCAGACUCACGGACGUUUGUAACAGAAUUCUUUCUCAUCUUGCUCCUCUAGAUGCUGAGCCGACCAUGGAAACAGCCAGGAUUCAGUACUCGACCAUGGACAUCAACCUGCGCGCGGAGGCACUGCAGAUCAUCUGCCAGUUAUUCCUCGAAACAAAGACUGUCAAGAAUUUCCUGGAAGAGAUGAGCAACACAAUGACCCAUUACCGCAAAAUCAAGAUUGAGCAUCAGCGAGCUCGGAAAGAGGCAUUGGCGAAGCUUAAAGAGCUUCAGAUUGAACGGAGACUGCUGGCGCCGGAACCCGAGAAAUCUCCUACUCCGAUGCCUGAGCUCGAAGAUACUACCGAGGCGGAAAAAGGUGAAGACGGCGACAUUUCGAUUCCCGAUUCAGAAGAUGAGGAGCCUGUCAUGACAAGAUCUUUGCGGCGAGGCAAUGACCGAGCGGCUGAGCGGAAACGGAAACGCGAAGAAGAGCAAGAGCGCAAGGAGAAGGCAGCAGAGGCGAAGCAGAACAAGGGAAGCAAAGAGUAUCAGAAAGUUCUCAAGCAGAUCGAAAAGGAGCGCGAUCGCAUUGAACAAGCAGAAGAGCAGAUUCUCGUCGUCGACGGGGACUUGCGUGAAGCCGACUGCCCUCGGACACGGGUUCUCGGGAAAGAUCGCUUCUGUAACCGGUAUUGGUGGUUCGAAAGGAAUGCAAUGCCGCACGGAGGGUUACCCGAUAGCUCGACGGCGGGAGCGGAAUACGCCAAUGGCCGGGUCUGGGUGCAAGGCCCCGACGAUAUGGAGCGGGAGGGUUUCAUUGAUGUUAGCGAGCUGGAUAAGCAGGCUUACUACCGACGAUUCCAGAUGACUCCAGCCGAACGGAAGAAAAUGGAAGAAGGUACCACGAACCUUGUCUCGGCGAGGCAAUGGGGAUUCUAUGACACGGCGGAAGAACUUGACAUGCUUAUCGGAUGGCUCGACUCUCGCGGAAUUCGAGAAUUGAAGCUGAAAAAGGAACUGAACUUGCAACGUGAUGCCAUCAUCAAACAUAUGGAGAAGCGAGCUGCGUAUUUGAUGCCGCGAGAGAAAUCUGAAGAGCCACCAACGCGGAUGUCUACGAGGACCAAGACGCACAUCAGCGAUAAGGCACACCGAUGUCUGAAAUGGAAGAACUCUACCGCUCUAGCGGAAUUGGGGCAUCGCCAUAUCGACCCCGUGCCCAAACCGAGAGGGAGAGGCAAGAAGAACAUCGCUUACGAGGAGCCGCAAACAAGGUCAAGUGCGGCGGCUCCACCAGCUCCGCUGAAUCGUCAGGGUAAACCGGUAACGAGGCAGGGGACAAGAUACAACUUUUGA